GGCGGAGGAGGGGCAGUGGAGUGCAGGGAGCGCUCUGCAAGGCGCAGGGUCUAAAACAGCAACAUCCCUGCAGGGAAGGGCCAGCUAAAAAUAGCAGCUGCUACUGCUGCCUUUCAAGCUGCGAGCAAAGACAUUUCCAACCAUCCAAUCCACGACUGAAACUUUCAGUUUGUUUUUUCUUUUCAUUUUCUUCCCCCCCUCUGUUUUUUUUUGUACAUUUUUUUGGUGGGAAUCUGGGUGAGGUGACUAUGUGUGAAGAAGACAACCCCAGCCAACCAGCAAAAACACAAUGGUAUGAUCGCAAGAACUAUGUGUUUGUUGAGUUCUGCGUGGAAGAUAGUACGGAGGUUGAUGUUGUAAUUGAAAAAUUCAGACUGAUCUUUAGUUGCAAAACGGCAGAUAAUACCAAACUCUACAAUAACAUUGAGCUGUACACCAGAGUGGAGCCAAACGAUUCGAGGCACAAACGCUCAGACAGGUCCAUUACUCUCUUCAUGAGGAAAGUCGAAGGUAAAAAAGAUUGGCCAAGGUUGACAAAAGAAAAAAACAAGCACGCCUGGUUAGUUGUGGACUUUGAUAAUUGGCGAGAUUGGCACGAUGAUGAUGAACAGAUGAUCUUCAUGGAGCAAUAUGCAAAUAUGAUGAAAGAAAUAAAAGGCACUGUGGAGCCUCCUACAAUGGAUGAUCUUGACGAUUAACCUCUGGAUGGUGUUGAAGGUUGAUGGUCGGAAUGAUGCCAGCAGCACAAAACGGAAAGAAACUGGAAAACCUGUCAGGGAAACCAAUUUUGCAUUGAAUUUUUAAAAAUCUUUUAGAAAAUGCCUUUGCACCAUAGCAGCUGCUGCAGAUUGGCGGAUUGUCUAUGUUUACUUUAAUUAAAUCACAGGUUGUAUUUAAGCUAUGAAAGUAGAUGGUAAUCUCCAGAGUGUUCUGUAUGUGCCUUAACAUUGCCUCGGAUGGUGACCAAUUAUGCAGUACACUGCCUAAUAAAGGAACAGAUGAAAACUUGGUCAAAAACAACUGCCUCGAAAACAAAAUGUUGUGGAAACACUACUAAUUUCUGAAAGCUGAUGCGUUUAGAACUUGAUUGACCUGCUUCAGUUUGGGAAGUGGCGAAGGAUUAUUGCCAAAUUCAUAGUAAUUAAAUAAAAUCAUGAGAAAAUC